AUGCCGAGCGCGGCCGCGCAGCGGAGGGAGUCGGGAGCAGCCGGCAGCGGGGCCGUCCCGGAGGGCGGGUGGCCCCUUGAGCGCGACCGAGGGAGGAUGGAGCCAGAAGUGGCUCGGGCUGACACCCGGAGGACGGAGCCGGCGGCGGCAGGGAGAGGGGUGUCCCCUGGAGCCCCUCCGCCGCCGCUGCUGCUGGCGGGGCCGCCGGGCAGAGCGUGCCUCCGGGCAGUGUUGGCGGACUCGCGCUUCUUCCUGGUGUGCAUGUGCUUCCUGACCUUCAUCCAGUCCCUCAUGGUCUCCGGCUACCUGAGCAGCGUCAUCACCACCAUCGAGCGGAGAUACAGCCUGAAGAGCUCGGAGUCGGGGCUGCUGGUCAGCUGCUUCGACAUCGGGAGCCUGGUGGUGGUGGUGUUCAUCAGCUACUUCGGGGGGCGCGGGCGCAGGCCGCUCUGGCUGGCCGUCGGGGGCUUCUUCAUCGCCCUGGGGGCCGCUCUCUUCUCCCUACCUCACUUCAUCUCCCCGCCGUACCAGAUCCAGGAGCUGAACUCCUCCGUCAGCAACGAGGGCUUGUGCGUGACCGGCAACGGCACCGCCAAGGAGCAGUGGGACUCGCCGGCCUGCAUCAAGGAUUCCGGUGGGAACGAUCACUCCCUCUAUGUAGCUUUAUUCAUUUGUGCCCAAAUUCUCAUCGGCAUGGGCUCCACACCCAUCUAUACUUUGGGACCAACCUACCUGGAUGACAAUGUCAAGAAAGAGAACGCCUCGCUUUACCUAGCCAUCAUGUAUGUCAUGGGAGCACUCGGUCCUGCAGCUGGCUACUUACUGGGAGGACUUCUCAUUGGUUUCUAUGUUGAUCCUAGGACAACUGUUUAUAUUGACCAGAAUGAUCCCCGAUUCAUUGGAAACUGGUGGAGUGGAUUUCUUCUUUGUGCCAUUGCAAUGCUCCUUGUGAUAUUUCCAAUGUUUACCUUUCCAAAAAAGCUUCCUCCUCGACAUAAAAAAAAGAAAAAGAAAAAGAAAAUGAACUCUGAUGAUGUUUCAAGUGAUGAUGAAGUCAUGAAAGAGAAAACAAAUAGCAAAAUACAAGCAGACAGUGCAGUUCCUGCUUCUAUGGGAUUUGGAAAGAAUGUUAAAGAGCUUCCACGGGCAGCUGUCAGGAUCUUAAGCAACAUGACAUUCCUUUUUGUGAGUUUGUCAUACACAGCUGAGAGUGCCAUUGUUACAGCUUUUAUUACCUUCAUUCCCAAGUUCAUCGAGUCACAGUUUGGCAUCCCAGCAUCCAAUGCCAGCAUCUACACUGGUGUAAUAAUUGUUCCAAGUGCUGGUGUUGGUAUUGUCCUAGGUGGCUACAUUAUCAAAAAACUGAAACUUGGUGCAAGAGAGUCUGCAAAGCUGGCCAUGAUCUGCAGUGGUGUGUCUUUGCUGUGUUUUUCAACUCUCUUCAUUGUUGGAUGUGAAAGCAUUAAUCUAGGGGGGAUAAACAUACCUUAUACAACUGGUCCCACUCUUGCCAUGGCCCACAGGAAUCUCACUGGGAGCUGUAAUGUGAACUGUGGAUGUAAAAUUCAUGAGUAUGAGCCUGUCUGUGGAUCAGAUGGAAUAACGUAUUUUAAUCCUUGCCUGGCUGGCUGCAUCAAUGGUGGAAACCAUAGUACAGGGGUAAGAAAUUACACAGAGUGCGCCUGUGUCCAAAGCCGCCAGGUUAUCACCCCGCCGACAGUGGGCCAGCGCAGCCAGCUCCGGCUGGUCAUUGUCAAAACCUACCUGAAUGAGAACGGCUAUGCUGUUUCUGGGAAGUGCGAUCGAACCUGCAACACACUUAUCCCAUUCCUGAUAUUUCUCUUCAUAGUGACCCUUAUUACAGCGUGCGCCCAGCCAUCAGCAAUCAUAGUGACACUCAGGUCUGUGGAAGAUGGGGAACGGCCCUUUGCACUAGGAAUGCAGUUUGUUCUAUUACGAACUCUUGCUUACAUUCCCACUCCAAUUUAUUUUGGGGCUGUUAUUGAUACCACAUGCAUGCUUUGGCAACAGGAUUGUGGCGUACAAGGAUCUUGUUGGGAAUACGAUGUCACCUCAUUUCGUUUUGUCUACUUUGGGUUGGCUGCUGCUCUCAAGUUUGUAGGAUUCUUUUUUAUUUUUCUGGCCUGGUACUCCAUUAAGUGUAAAGAAGAGCAACUACAGAGACAAAGAUGGAGGGCUUCGCCGGUGAACACUGUGAGUGAGAUGGUUGGCCAAGCUGGACUCCAACAAAACUAUGCACGGACUAGAUCCUGCCCUACCUUCAGUUCUCGAGGAGACAUUGGUAUGGCACAAGGAAUGAACUGCAUAGCACAGACAUACCCUGGCCCCUUUUCAGAAGCAAUAAAUUCCUCAAAUGAAAAUGCAUUGGAAGAAGUCACUGCUGAGAUAUAGACCCCUGGCUUGGUAAUGUAAUGUUUAAUUUUGUUGGUUGACUUAAUUAUGGCGCCUUGUAAAACACCUGUGCCUUCUAUUUUUAAUCUAAAUGGAACACAUGGUAAAACCAACAAAGCUUAAUGCAUACAACCAUAGUAUGUUCCUGAGGGCUGGAUACCUCAAACCAACCCAAGUUCUUAAUUCUCCCUUCCUGACAAUGGAGUUUUAAAAAUUGCGUUUGUAAUUAUUUCAGCUGUGUCCAUUAAAUGUCCAUGCCCUAUCUAAUAUCAGUGUAAGGAUGGAAAACAACAGAAGUCAGUGGAAGAGUGACAAAAACUCAUAUUGUUAAUGUCUAGAUGUCACAAAAAUGCUUAAAUGUAUCAUCUUUCACAUCUGCAAGUAGUAUUUUUAAGAGAUGAGUAAUUACUGUGAGUUCUGCUACAAAGCACAACUAAAAUUGUUUAAACUAUGCAACUUACUCAGAUAAUUGUAUGUGCAGCAAAUUAUGUAUAAAGUUUGCUUUUAAAGACAUUACUGCAAGUCAAUUUG